UAUAUGUUGGCAUUCUAUAAGAUGCAUUUCACCAACACCAUCUCUCUUGUUUUUCUUGGUUUCGCAAUCUUGGCCCUUUACAGCUACCCCUCUCUUAUUCCUUCAAGAAAAAUGGCUGAAGAAAGUCCCAAGUCCAUCUAUGACUUCACUGUCAAGGAUAUCCGUGGAAACGAUACGAGUCUAAGUGAAUACAGUGGGAAGGUGCUCCUUAUUGUGAAUGUUGCUUCCAAAUGCGGCCUCACACAUUCAAACUACAAGGAAUUGAAUGUUUUGUAUGAAAAGUACAAAAACCAAGGGUUCGAGAUCUUGGCAUUUCCUUGCAACCAGUUUGCUGGACAAGAACCAGGAAGCAAUGAAGAGAUUCAGGACACUGUAUGCACAAUUUUCAAAGCUGAAUUCCCAAUCUUCGAUAAGAUUGAUGUGAAUGGGAAGAACACAGCACCAGUCUACAAGUUCUUAAAAUCAGAGAAAGGAGGGUAUUUUGGAGAUGCCAUCAAGUGGAACUUUACCAAAUUUUUGGUAAACAAAGAAGGAAAGGUUGUUGAGAGAUAUGCUCCUACCACAUCACCCCUUAAGAUUGAGAAAGACAUACAGAAUCUGCUGUGAUCUUCCUAUUGACCAAGGAAAUUGGCAUAUACUGGGAAUAUUGUUGAAGGACAUGAAAUGUGGAAUGUUAUGUGCUUGUGGACUUGAUUUCUGAAUAUGUAUUAUUGAUCAGCAUUGGAAAUAUUUAUUUUCAUAAUGGAUAAGAUGGACCUUGUACUUGGAUGAUUGCCUGGAAAAAAUAAAGAUGAUUUUAGUUCUCUCA